AUGAAAAUGAGAAAUCGGCUUUUGAUAGUUUUGGCACUUUUUGCCGUCGUCGCAGAGGCGAGAGAAAGAUCGGUGAGUUUUGACGGGGGGAAAUGGUGUUUUUGCGCACUUUUGCAAGUAACAGUGGUCUUGGGACACUCAAACUGCUCUGUAGACGUUAGUAAAUUUCACGAUUUUCAAAAGGAUUUUUGGCUGGAAAUCGCAAAAAUUUCAGUACACGGUGUGCGAAAAAUCGGACGGACAACUGCAUCACUACAAAGAGGGCCGUAAAGCGGACGAACAAUUGUGCGCAAAACGUCUCGCGACGGCUUAUUUCCACGACGAAGUCAACCAAACGGGGUAAGUACAUAAUGACGCAUCGUUUGCCGAUCGGCCGACCGAAAAAUCGAUAAUUUCCACAUUUUUCGUUUCAGAUGGGCUUUUCUCGAAGUCGACGUGAUCAGCCCGAAAAUUCCGCACUGGUUGCAGGGAUAUGCGGCCGGAUUUGCUGAGGGUAAGCGGGGGAAAAAAGUUUACAAAACCUAAAAGCUUUUUAUUUUUUUCUAAGCGUCAGGUGUUUUAAUGGGAGAAAAUUUAGUCGAAGAAAAGAGAAAAAGGUUGGAAUGUGCUCGAUUUGACAGAAAAACCAAAGAAAUCGAGGGGAAACAAGGAAAAAUCAAAAAUCUGUCAGUUAUCGGAAAACCCAAAUUUCAAGCGGCACAUGAGCAAAUUUUAGGUGAAUUUAAUCGAAAAUACACUUCAUGACCUAUCAAAACAAUAAAAACGAAGAAAAAAAAGGCGAUAAUUCGACAUUUUCACGAUUUUUAAUCAAGGUUUGCUGCAAAAAAUUCGGGUACAUUUACGAUAAACACAGCGCGCUCGCGUUAUUUCGGAGUGUCGUUGGAAACGAAAAGCGUGGAAAUUCCAAUAAAAAAUCGGAUUCUGCUGAAAACCCGCUGAAAAACGGAAUUUUCAGGCCGUGCCACCCGCGAUCUUAUUGAUUUGCACAUCCUCAACACUGUCAAUGGGUAUUGCGACGGCGCGAAACAUUUUUGCGACGAGCUCGCCGAGUUCAUGCUCGACAAUUUGGAGUGGAUGGAGACGGAGAUCAAAGAGCACCCGGAGGACGAGUAUUGGCAACAAGUGAAUCUGACCGUCAAUCAACUGUUCGGACUCAUCCACGGAUACGAGGACCAGCUGGGCGCCGAGAUCAACUACCGGGACCUCGUCGUUCAUCCGAUUUUGUGAGUUUUUGGGGUGUAGCUGAACAGUUUGAAGCGUUUUCUUUGUGUGAAACUGAAAAAUACCAGACUUCUGCUCUUCUAAAUCACUUUGUGUUUAAAAAUCCGAAAACAAAAAACCACGCCCUAUCAGUCUUAUAUUGCAGCAUGAUCCAAAUCGCCGGAGACCUCGAAGACCUGGCCCAAAAGUUCAAAAAGCCCGAGCGACUUGGCCGCGUCUACUCGGGCCCCGGCCACUGUUCCGCGUUGGUCAAGGUAAAGAAAUGGCCGAGAAAAAGCGAAGCCAUCCCAAACUUUUUCAGCUUCUGCCCAACAACGCCGAUAUUCUCUUCUCGCACGUCACAUGGUCGUCCUACUCGACAAUGUUGCGCAUCAACAAAAAAUAUGCGUUCAAAACCGGAGAUCCAGGACAGGUCUACUCGUUUUCCAGCUAUCCAGGUAACUCUAGACCACGGCCGUAGCCUAACUUUUCCUCUUCCUUCAGCCUCGAUCACCUCGACCGACGACUUCAUUCUGACGUCGGCGAAACUCGCGAUUCUGGAGACGACGAUCGCGAACUACAACGAAAAAGCGCUCGAUCUGAUCACUCCGAACACGGUGCUCACGUGGAUCCGCGCCGAAAUCGCCCAUCGGACCGCCUCUUCGGGACUGCAAUGGGCCGAGGCGUUCGGAAGACACAACAGUGGAACUUAUAACAACGAGUGGGUCGUCGUCGACUACAAACAGUUCCACCGCGGAAAGCCAGUGCAGCCGGAGACCGGAAUUAUUCAUGUCGUCGAGCAAAUGCCGUGAGUUUCUGCGAAAAAAAUGAGCCCAAGUUGACUAGCUGAAAAUAAUUCCGAAUUUAAUCGCCACUUUUUCAGAGGCCACAUCGUGCACUCGGACAUGACCGCCCAUCUGUUCGAAUCGACGUACUGGCCCGGCUACAACCAACCCUUCUACAAGCAGAUCAUCCGCUACUCGGAGACCGACAAAAUGGUCGAAAAGUUCGGCGACUGGUUCAGCUACGAGAAGACGCCGCGAGCGUUGAUCUUCAAGAGAGAUCACAAAAACGUGGUGGACAUGGAGUCGAUGAUCGCGUUGAUGACGUCCAACAAUUACACGAAGGACCCGCUGUCCCGCUGCGACUGCAACCCUCCGUACUCUGCGGAGAACGCGAUCGCCUGCCGAUCCGACCUGAACCCGCCGAACGGAACCUAUCCGUUCAAAUCCCUGGGCUUCCGGGACCACGGAGCGAUCGAUGCGAAGGUGACCAACUCGAAACUCAUCAAUUCCCUGCAGUUCACCGCCGUCUCGGGCCCUCCGCACGGCGCUGUGCCCGUUUUCGAUUGGCGAACCAGUCCGUUGGGCCAGAAGAUUCCGCACUUUGGACAGCCGGACCGAUGGACCUUCGAACCGGUCACCUAUAGAUGGAGGAAGGGAGGAGUGCAUCGUCAUCACGGUCACGGACAGAAGAAGAUGAAGAAGGAUCAGUUCUCGCAGUUCUAA